CGCGCACCUGCCCCCCUCCCAGCGGGCGGGUCGGUGGCGGCGCGCAUGCGCGACGGCGGCUCAGUGCCCGCCUCCCUCAGGUUGGCGGAGGGACGCGGUGCGGCGGCGGAGGUUGGGGCUGGCUGGGCGCAGGGCUUCAUAUGAUGAGGCAUUUAUUAUGGCCAGUGAUCCCUUGGAAGGCUUUCAUGAAGUGAACCUCGCUUCGCCCACCACCCCGGAUCUUCUUGGAGUAAAUGAGCCAGGAACUCAGGACCAAACUACCUCACCCAGUGUUAUUUACCGACCGCAUCCUUCUGUUGUGUCCUCCACACCAAUCCAACCCAAUGCACUGAAUGUUUCCGACCUUCCCACGCAACCUGUUUAUUCAUCUCCCAGACAACUGAAUAGUGGGGAAGUAUCAGGUGUCAGCAUCAAUGUUACCGACGCAGUGCUUUGUUCUACCUCUGGACCCCAGGGUGGGUCAUUCAAUCACAAUAAUUCCAGAAAGGAGAGCAAUAAUGCAGAGAAAGAGUGUUUGCAGGGUGCUACUGUAGCAGAUGUUGCUGAAGGAAAUGAAGAUAUUUUUGGUUUGAGUACAGACAGUUUAUCUCACUUACGGAGCCCAUCUGUACUGGAAGUAAGAGAGAAGGGCUAUGAAAGAUUGAAAGAAGAACUUGCAAAAGCUCAGAGGGAGCUGAAGUUAAAAGAUGAAGAAUGUGAAAGGCUUUCUAAAGUGCGAGAUCAACUUGGACAGGAAUUGGAAGAACUUACAGCUAGUCUGUUUGAGGAAGCACACAAAAUGGUUAAAGAAGCUAAUGUCAAACAAGCUGCAGCAGAAAAACAGUUAAAAGAAGCACAGGGGAAGAUUGAUGUCCUUCAGGCUGAAGUAGCGGCACUGAAAACACUAGUACUGUCUACUUCACCUACAUCUCCAACUAAGGAGUUUCAGUCUGGUGGAAAAACUGCUUUUAAGAAAGGGCACGCAAGAAACAAGAGUACAAGUAGCGCUAUGGGUGGAAGUCAUCAGGACCUUACUAUGAUGCAGCCAAUUGUAAAAGACUGCAAAGAGGCUGACCUAUCUUUGUACAACGAAUUCAGAUCAUGGAAAGAUGAACCUACUAUGGACAGAACAUGCCCAUUCUUGGACAAAAUCUAUCGGGAAGAUAUUUUUCCAUGCUUAACCUUCUCAAAAAGCGAGUUGGCCUCAGCUGUUCUGGAAGCUGUUGAAAACAACACUCUGAGCAUUGAACCUGUUGGCUUGCAACCUGUUCGAUUUGUGAAAGCUUCUGCAGUUGAAUGUGGGGGACCAAAGAAAUGUGCUUUAAGUGGACAAAGCAAGUCGUGCAAGCAUAGAAUCAAAUUAGGAGAUUCAAGCAGUUACUACUAUAUUUCUCCUUUUUGUCGUUACAGGAUAACUUCUGUGUGCAACUUCUUUACGUAUAUUCGAUACAUCCAGCAAGGACUGCUGAAGCAGCAAGAUGUGGAUCAGAUGUUCUGGGAAGUUAUGCAGCUGAGAAGAGAGAUGUCACUAGCGAAGCUUGGCUAUUACAAGGAAGAACUCUAAAUCUUUUUACUCUUGAGCAUGCAUGAACUUCAUGUAAGAUACAUAACUCUAAAAUUGAUGAAUCUUUUUUGUCACUUGAUAUUUAUUUCCACAAAGUGGGUCCAAGAUCUUUCUCCUUUGGCAGAUUGCACUAAGAAGUACUGUGAUUGUUUUAAACUGACCUAUGCUGUAUAUGUGUCCAUAUAAUACCUAGUUGAACAAAUGUGGUAAGCACUUGCAGGUGUCUUAGUGAUUGUAAUUUACAUUUAAAAACAAGACUUCUGAUUAAAUAAACGUUGGUCUGAAGCAGCA